GUGAGCAGUCCCCCCUCCCAGCCCCCACAGCCCGUCGUCCCACCCAAGCCUGUACAAUGUGUCCAUCAUGUGUCCACUCAACCCAGCUGCCCGGGACGGGGCAAGAUGUCCAAGCUGCUGAACCCGGAGGAGAUGACGUCGCGAGAUUAUUAUUUUGACUCCUACGCCCACUUUGGGAUCCACGAGGAGAUGCUGAAGGACGAGGUGCGGACGCUCACUUACCGGAACUCCAUGUACCACAACAAGCACGUGUUCAAGGACAAGGUGGUGCUGGACGUGGGCAGUGGGACUGGGAUCCUCUCCAUGUUCGCCGCCAAGGCCGGGGCCAGGAAGGUGUUCGGGAUCGAGUGCUCCAGUAUUUCUGACUACUCGGAGAAGAUCAUUAAGGCCAACCACCUGGACAACAUCAUCACCAUAUUUAAGGGUAAAGUGGAAGAGGUGGAGCUGCCCGUGGAGAAGGUGGACAUCAUCAUCAGCGAGUGGAUGGGCUAUUGUCUAUUCUAUGAGUCAAUGCUCAACACGGUGAUCUUUGCCAGGGACAAGUGGCUGAAACCUGGAGGGCUUAUGUUUCCAGACCGGGCAGCUUUGUACGUGGUAGCGAUCGAGGACAGACAGUACAAGGACUUCAAAAUCCACUGGUGGGAGAACGUCUAUGGCUUUGACAUGACUUGCAUCCGGGACGUUGCCAUGAAGGAGCCCCUGGUGGACAUCGUGGAUCCAAAGCAAGUGGUGACCAAUGCCUGUUUAAUAAAGGAGGUGGACAUCUACACGGUGAAGACGGAGGAGCUAUCGUUCACAUCUGCGUUCUGCCUGCAGAUACAGCGCAAUGACUACGUCCACGCCCUGGUCACCUAUUUUAAUAUUGAAUUUACCAAGUGCCACAAGAAAAUGGGGUUUUCCACAGCCCCUGAUGCUCCCUACACCCACUGGAAGCAGACCGUCUUCUACUUGGAAGAUUACCUCACUGUCCGGAGGGGGGAGGAAAUCUAUGGAACCAUAUCCAUGAAGCCAAAUGCCAAAAACGUGCGAGACCUCGAUUUCACAGUGGACUUGGAUUUUAAGGGACAGCUGUGUGAAACAUCUGUAUCUAAUGACUACAAAAUGCGUUAGCACAUGUGGGAAAGCGCAGAGAACGAGCGGGAAAAGGAACUCUCACCUCGAUCUGCCGCGCUGUCCCCAGGAACACUGUUCGCAGGACUACACACUCGAAAACCAGAGCUUUCAAUUCUGCCUUGAAGAUCGGUGGACUCACCAGGGCUCCCGUGGGCCCCGCCAUGGACGGAAGGCCUCCAGCUCCUCCGCUCUGCCCUGGGAGCCUGCCACAAAGGCUUUUUUUCGUCGCCCACAAAGAGCAACCUCAUGCGCUGUGGCUGGGCCCUGAGGAUGGAAAAGCCCCUGUGUCCUCCCCAUCGUCCUCCUAAACUGUGACUCUGGAUCUUCCAAGUUUUGCAUGCUGCAGGCAUCUAGGACAGAUUGCUUCCACUAGAACCUGGAGACUAGUGUCUUUGAUAGCAUAAGCCAGAUUAUCUGUCUGUGCGGUGGUGUGUGUGUGCGCGUGCGUGUGUGUGCACAGCAUAUAUAUAUUAGUUUAUUUGCCCACAAACACUGUUGUAUAUGCAUGCAUAUACAACCAAGUGGGUAUACUUCCGUGUUCAUCCAGAGGGGUGUGUGCGUGCGUGUGUGCGUGCGCCUGGGUGUGUGCGCGUACCAUAUAUAUUACUCUCAGAGGAGAUUCUGUUGCUUUCGAAUAGGAAUUUGUUUUGUGAUUAGUUCUCCCCUUCCCUACCCCUUAACAGAUGUUAUGCAGCUAUGAAAAAUUCUCUGUACUAGCUCUGGUCUCCUUUGGACUAGACAGUGGCUCCGAACCCUGAGCACAGUACCACGGGCCCCGUGGGCACUCAAUAAACACAUAUGAGAACAAAACAA